AUGCCGAACGCCACUGGUAUCAUGGCAAAUCCACUGGACAUGGGUACCACCAUCUCUCGACACACAACCGAGGCUCCAGUAAAAGUUGUUCUACUCAAUGAUGGGCAAAACUCGACCACACAUUACCUUCCUGCGUCUCUACUAUCGGCAAAGUCAGGAUUCUUUCGUGGGUGCUUCCGCGAUGAGGGUUCAUUCAUCGAAGCGGUUAAUGGAGAAGUUAUCUUGCAUGACGUGGAUCUAGAGUGCUUCACGUUGUUCGUUCAGUGGAUCUACACUGGACAUGUCUGGACAGCUGAAGCGGUCGAAGCCUUCGCCAAGGAUGACAGCGACGGUCAGUAUUACGGCUCUGACAUACAGUCCUUCGCUGCAGAAUUGUGGCUUCUGGGAGAUCGUCUGAUCGCGGAAGAAUUUCAAAAUCACUGCAUGGACAUUCUGCGCAUGGCAAGUGCAACUGAGAGACUUUCCACAUUCGUUCUCAAAGAGGUUCAGGACGCGGUAUAUCGGACAAUCUAA